AUGUUUGGAUGCAGUGAGAGCUGGAGUGGGACCAGACCAGACCAGACCAGACCAGGUCCCCGCGUGGAAGAGUACAGUUUGUGCGGGUUUGAAGAACACCUGGAGCCCGGACUGAGGACCUGCGCGUACCAUCAGAGUUGUCCCAGGGAGAGCGGGACACGUGUGGUCAAACUGAGCAGGGUCCUAGUGCCAUGUGAUUUCUGA